AUGUACAACAACUAAUACCACACAUCGUCUCAUUCAUUUUUCAGCCAACGGUACAAGUUAGACGCAGCUUGAAAUGGCUCAAUUUCAAGAGGAUAACGAUUCAAUUUGUGAUGACGGUGAUAUUUUCGAUAAUGUCGUAAUGGCGGAAGAUAGGUGCCAAGCUGCUGGCUUUGAGGAAGGCUUCAAGAAAGGGGAGGAGCUUGGCAGAGAGCAGGGCCAAGCCAUGGGCAUAGAGAAAGGAAGACAGAUUGGCGAUGAGUUGGGAUUUUAUUUCGGUUUCAUCGUAACAUGGCGAGCCUUGCUGAAGAAUAAACCGGAAGAUGAUAAGAAUGUUACCAGGCCUUUGAAGAUUAUUGAAAGCUUAAUCAGCAUCAUUCAAGAACUGCCAAAAGAGGAGCCAAAUAGUGUCAAGUACUGGGACAUUGUUCAAAAGAUUCGAUCAAAAUUCAAGCAGGUUGCUUCAUUAUUAAAUGUCACCGUCAGCUACACACCCAAGAAUGAAGAGAAGGUCAUCACAUUUUGAUGCUGAGUUGAUCUUGAUUUGAUCUCAACUUUACUCAGAGCAGAAUGAAGAUACAUACGUGUAUCCUCAUGCAGAAUUACUGUUUUGAUGUUGUUGCAGUUACAGCUACCAGGCUUGUGGAACAAUGCAGAAGCCAUGGCACAACGUCAUCAUCUUCCCCGAGUGGGUGAAAGAUUGUGAGCCUGAGAGAAUGCAUGGAGUGUCUGGGACCGAAUUUCAGAACGACUCCGGUUUAUCUUCUUGGACCAAUUUGUCUGACGUGACGAUAGUUUCUUAUGAAGGGUCAAAGACUGCAUCUGCUACUACGAACCCUUUACAGUGACUUCCUGCUCUAUUCAGGCAUUGUGUACUGGCCCAUUUUGAAGGAUACCUCCCAGGCGACCAAUCUCAGGGCAUCAUGGCAAGGCAUGACUGUACUUCCCGUGGGUUGUCCAGUGAUCUCAUCUGCUGACAGAGCCUUUGACAGCCACUUUGUCCUGUACUGAGAAACAGAAUGGUGUAUAUUGAACCAUUUUUCUGACAGAUUUUGCCCGGCUUACCGCCUUAUUAGAAGCAUCUUGACUAACUUCAUGAAUUUCUUGAUAGAAGUUCAAAUAUCAGAUCUCUGGAAAGGAGCCUUCUACUGAAAAGAAAAACACAAAUGGCUGGAAGCAUUCUAGAGCACCUACUCAAGACUUAUCUUUUUAAGUUGUUUGAGGAUCCAAUCCAUUGCUUACAGGAGCCUUCCAGAACUAAAAAUAUUGAAGUUUACCAACAUGAAGUUUCAAGCCAGACUUCUAAGAACUUUUGCGAACUUAUUCCCAUGGUAUCAAGCAAUCCAGUUUACCAAUGCAACGCUCCAAACACGACAACAUUGACUGUUCUAUUAAGAUCUAAAUGUAGCGGAGGAGGUUUUCUGAUCUGCUAGUGGAACAUUUAUUCCAACAGACCUUGCUUACGGUUUCAAGCAUUUCAGUUUACCAACAUGAAGAUUCAAGUCUGACAACAUUGUUGGCAUCUAUACCCGACAAGGUUUUCAGAUCUAUGAGCGGAACAUUUAUCCUAGCAGAACUUCCCAUCUCAGAACUUUUGGUAGACUUGAUCAACCAUUGUCAAUACACCUGUCAUGAUCUUUCUGUUUAGUCUUGAGGUCCUAUUGGCUGAUGACCGGAGUGCUGUCUUGCUGUUAGCUGGUACACGUGAGUCAACAACAAAAUUGUAAUGUGUGAUUCUUGAUGUUGGUGAAGUUAAAUAGCAUCAAAGGCAAUGCAGUACUUACAGUGAUGGAUUAUUCAUAAUACAAUUUGACUUUUUCUGUAAGUAUCUUUCAUGACAACAAAUUAGUGUUGAGGAUAAUUGUUUUUAUAUGUAAACGGUUCCAAGAUAUAUUACAUGAUGUACCUCUACAUCAAGUUUUUUUUUGUCUCUCAGUUGCAAUGAAAUGUACAGUGGGUUAUAGGUCAAAUCGUGCAUGUUUGUUAUGUGGUUACCCACAUGUACAUGUCAUCGGUUUCACAAAGUACGCCUCUUUAUGUCUUCUCAGAUGAUGUAUUUGAGAUGAAAGUCAAUUUGAAUCACAAUACUUAUGGGUAAUUCAUGUACUAUCUAGUAUUUCAGAUUUCUUAUACUUUGUAUCAUGGCAAAAUCUAGGAAUGGAAUGCCACUUUUCAACGUCUGAAAUGACUUGGCUGUAGAAUACACUUUUUUUCAUGCAGGAAAAGGGUCAUUCUACAAUAUAUGUAGAUAAUUUUCAGACCUUUUAAUCCUAAGUGGUAUCUCCGAGAAUAACUCAUGAUUGAAAACAAGUUUAUUCUGCAUUGCAUUCUUUAAAUCAUGAGCAGCGCCAUCUUGCGUGCUACGCGCUUCAUUCUUAGCUUUCAUAUUCUGUCAUUUCAAGCCCCGUACAUCUUUUUUUUUUAUUUCCUUCGCCUUUCGUUCGAAAUAAAGUAGACAUUACAGCGCAUCUUCAUUAUUAUUUGUUUGGGGUCACCUGUACCUGGGAGUCAAUAAGCGAACUGAAUCACUGUGAACGGUCUUAGGGAUCUUGGAUCUUCUAAGAUUGCUUUGCUGGUUUAAGCGUGAGGACACAACCGUUCUUCCGGAAGCAAUCUUCGCACAUUUUGAGUGCGCUACUCCACACACUGUGUAGAAUGCCUAUGCUGCGGUUUCAAAUUUUGUGUGAAACGUAUCACCCCACUGAGAGAGUUCCCAUGGCAACAAGAUGACUUUACGUGAAGUGAUUUUAAAAACGACUUUCGGAUUCAUGGUAACGCGAGCAAAACGAUCUUCCAAACUGGUUUCCUGACUGAUACUCUAUCUCCAAGAAUUAGUUUCAUCUACCUCAAUACAAUGAUGUGCAUAUUAUAUUUUAUUCUUUAUUAAAAAAUCACACCCGUCAAAACCGACGGCCAGCCUAACAAGGCCUAUGAGCAAUGACAUCAAAAUGUAUAACAGUCACAUACAAUUACAGGAAAAAUGAAAUCACUAAGUAUUCACAGAGUAAACUUCACAUAGUAAAUUUUUAAAAAAUGGUGAAGUUUUAUGUAUGUCCCAUCUAAUCAAGAACCAUGAAAGAUGGAUACUGACAAUGAACUCUAUCUUUCUUUGAUCGGGGACCUGCUUCCCUGGUUCUCCCUCACUCUGACAAGUCCCGGUUGCCACAGACAACCUCAUCAAUUUAUUGAAUGUGAAAAGAGCAUUCAUUAAGGCACAGACUAUUUUAGAGGCAAGUGCUUCACCAGUCUCAACUGGGUUUCCAUCAGAACUCUUUCAUCUAAAUGUAAUUUUGAAAAAAGCAUGCAAUUCCUUGUCCAAUUUUGAUAUUUUCAGUACUUUGUUCGCUUAAGUUUUACUCCAAACUGAUUAUAUUAAUUUCUGCCUGGAGUACCCCUUGAAACCGAAAUGUUUGAGAAUGAAUUUUCCCUUAAAAUAUUUAUUCAAUCUAAUAAUCCUGUCACAUGUGCAAAAUGGCUAGGAUUAUACAAAGAAAAAACUAGUGAAACUCAACCUUCUAAUUGAGGAUCCGCUUCUCCAGUACUCCCUCUCGCUGACUUGUCCCAGUGGCUACUGAUGAUCUCAUUUCUUCUCUCUUAAAUAGUGCAUUCAUCAAGGCAUAGACAGCUCUGCCUGCGAUCAAACUGCCAUUCCCUCCAAGUCCCGUACAAGUUUCUCCUCCGUCUCUGCAGCCAUGUCCUCCAAUUCCCUUUCUCGGAGGUCAAUAUUGUGGGAAUGCACCUUCCUCCUUUUUGUCAGCCAUUUCCUCCCUAUCUGCCAGUAACUCUGGCUGCGAUCCAGCUUCCAUUACCCCCAAGUCCUUUGUAAGCUUCAAGUUUCAUUACCCAACAAUAUUUUUUCACGUACUCCACAUGUUCAUCAUGAUUCAUGAUCAAUUUGGUCAUCACCUGUAAUUAAGAAAUGUCAUUGUAAUUAUUGCUUCUUUGGAACCAGAGGUUUACGGGUCCAAUGUUCAGUGUGUAAAAUAAAUGAUUAGAACUAAAUACAUUUGCAAGGAAAACUUGAAUUUCACAAUUCUUGGGAAAGGGUUUGGAAGCUCCUACUGAUUCCCAAUAGAUAAAGCCAACACAAUCAAAAUUUAUUUGGUCAAAACGGUAGGAUUUUGUGUAUUUUUGAAUAGGUUUGCAUUAAUCAAAAUGAUUACUGAAUUUCACAAUUUUUUUAAGAAAAAAAUUGAGUAAAAGUCUGAAGUUGAUCCGUCAAUUGGUUUGAGAUUAAGAAAAAGCCGUAGGCAUGGUUUUUACUCUUGACAUUGACCUCUUUACCCAAUAAUAUAAUCGUAACACAUUUUGGGGACAUCAAAUAUUGUAAUGUACAUGUAGUAGUAGGUAGUAAUACUCCUGAAGGGAGACAAACGUCUUCACCACCUCCUGGUGCCAGGCAACCUCAUGAAAGUGGAUCAGACUUUCCACCAGAGUGCUUGCCCGAAUCAAGUUGAUGCACCCACUAAAUAGAAGUCCAAGUGGGUGCUAUCAACCUUAUCAGAACUUGUUUCAAAUAUCAACGGGAACUUCUUUGUCCUGUAAUACCUUUCUCCUUAAAACAAACCAUAUAGAAAGGUUGUGCUGAU